AUGGUACUUAAGAAGGUGAUAAUAUCCGUCGUAGUUGCUAUCAUAGCAUUCUUAGUUAUAUUAAACAUGACCAUAUACUUUACCCAGGAUAGCUUUAUUUACGCGAGAGGAAAGGCCGAUCCCCAAGAUAUAAAACCAUUAGCACCCAAUUAUGAGGAAAUUAUGAUGCCAACCAAAGAUAAUCAAAAACUAAGAUGUUGGUUUGUAAAGACGGACAAUUACCAAAACAAGCCAGUUAUUCUACAUUUCCUUGGAAAUGGUGGUUAUCUUGAAAAAAGUGCUAAAGUAUACGAUAUGAUGGUUGAGAGAGUAGACGUGAGUGUUUUCUCAUGUUCAAAUAGAGGUACCGGAGAUAAUGAUCUCUACGCAUCCGAAGCUCUAUAUUACCAAGACGCUCAAACAUACUUAGAUUAUCUUAGGAGCAGAAAUAUGAAAUAUAUAUUUGUGUUUGGAACCUCUAUGGGAGGUGCCGUUGCUAUUGAAACCGUUAAGAAUAAUUAUGAGCAUGUAUCGGGUUUAAUUGUCCAAAACUCAUUUUUAAGUAUGAAAAAAAUGGCAAAGCUGGCCCAACCCUUUUUAUUUUUUUUCCUUUUUUCUUAUGAUUUAAUGAUAAGAACAAAAAUGAACAAUGAAGAAAAAAUAAAGGAAAACCGUGUUCCAGCUUUGUUUAAUAUUUCUGAAAAGGAUAAAAUUGUUCCUCCAAGUCAUGGAAUGAGACUAUACGAGCUAUGCCCAAGCCAGAAAUUUAUUUACACCGCAAAAGAUGGAGAGCACGCUGACAUCUUCGUAAAUGAUGACGGGUCUUACCAUCGAUCAAUAAAAAUAUUUAUUGAAACAGUUAUUUCCCAACAAGCCAAGAAAUAA